AUGGAUAGUCCUUGCAGGUGGAAAGAAGGUGAUCCAUUAUACCGAAAACUGAAAGGACCAAAUCAAUGGCCGGAUGAAAAAUAUAUUCCGGAAUUUAAACGAACUUUGCAAACGUUUAUCAAAGAAAUGACUGAAUUUUCUCGGGAAUUUGUACAUUUAAUUUCUUUAAGUUUGGAAUUACCUUAUGAUGCUUUAGAUCAAUUUUUGGAUCCUCCAGAUCAACAAAUGAAUAGAUUAAAGGCAAAGAGAGAUAUAUAUAUUUUAUUACUUCAUCAUUUAUUCAAUAAUUUCGUGAAGUAUCCACCACAAGAUGCUUUAGAUCCAGAGGAUGGAAUACAAGGUGUUGGGCCACAUAAAGAUCCUUGGCUUACUUUCCUCCUUCAAGUAAAUGAUUCAUUGGGUUUACAAGUACAAAAUCAUUCGGGAGAUUGGAUCAAUGUUCCUUCCAUUGAUAAUACUUUUGUUGUAAAUAUUGGUACGGGCUUAGAAGGAGUUACUGGAGGAGUCACUGUAGCUACUACGCAUAGAGUAUUAAACCCAUCUCCUGGUUCUAAUCCAAGAAUAAGUAUUCCUUUCUUUCAAAUGUUAUCAGAUGAAGUAGUUCUUAAACAAUUAGAUGUUCCUGAAGAAAUUAAAAAAAUGGCACGAAAAGACGUCGUGUCAGAUGCUGAUUCAACAGCUUACAGGGAAUUCCUCUCGAAGAAUGUUGGUGAGGGAGUACUUCGAAAUCGUAUCACCUCACAUCGUGAUGUUGGUGAACGUCAUUAUCCAGAAUUAUUAUAA